CUCUCUCUCAGAUGUGUCAGUCAAUUCCCUCCACAUUACUAUUAAUCCCCUCCGCAACCCCCACCCAAGGAAGCUUUCGUAACUAAACUCAACAGCCACCAUUCACGGCGUCUGUCUCUACCACCACCACUACUGCUACUGCCACCACCAGAACAAUGAUUUGAACAGAAGGAGACGCUACUCCGCACGAUGGGAGCGUCGUUGUCGAACUUGACCGAAGAGUCCAACGGUGGAAGACCGAGCCUCGGCGACAUCCCGGAGAGCUGCGUCGCUUGCGUCUUCCACUACCUGACUCCGCCGGAGAUUUGCAACCUCGCGAGGCUCAACCGCGCCUUCCGCGGCGCCGCCUCCUCCGACUCCGUCUGGGAAUCGAAGCUUCCUCCCAAAUACCAAGAUCUGCUUGACCUAAUGCCUCCUGAACGGUACCAAAACCUCUCCAAAAAAGACAUCUUUGCCAUAUUCUCUCGACCCGUGCCCUUUGAUGAUGGUAACAAGGAAGUAUGGUUGGAUAGGGUUACUGGAAAAGUUUGCAUGUCGAUCUCAGCAAAGGCGAUGGGAAUUACUGGGAUUGAAGAUCGCAGAUACUGGAAUUGGAUUCCUACUGAAGAAUCUAGGUUCCAUGUUGUGGCUUAUUUGCAGCAAAUAUGGUGGUUUGAAGUAGAUGGGUUUGUAAAAUUCCCUUUUCCUCCUGAUAUCUACACUCUGUCAUUCAGGAUUCACCUAGGAAGAUUUGGCAAAAGGCUCGGAAGACGUGUUUGCAAUUUUGAACACACCCAUGGUUGGGAUAUAAAGCCAGUACGAUUUGAGUUGUCUACUUCAGAUGGUCAGCAAGCAUCAAGUGAGUGCUGUUUAGACGAAAGUGAACAAGAUGAUGUAAAUGGGAACCACAAGCGUGGAUGUUGGAUAGAGUACAAGGUUGGCGAAUUCAUCGUCAGUGAGUCAGAUCCGCCAACUGAGGUGAGAUUUUCUAUGAAACAGAUUGAUUGCACACAUUCCAAAGGCGGGCUUUGUGUAGAUUCUGUAUAUAUCAUCCCCAGCAAUUUGAAAAACCGUGGAAGAAGAGGAUUUUUGAAGUAAUUAUGAUUCUGGUUAUGAAAAAAAAAAGAGUAACUAUGAUGCAUCUAUUGUCUGGUGUUGCAAAAAUCCCAGAUGUUGCGCAACCUAUACUUCUCAAAACAUUUGAUACUGUGGAGGAUGUCAUCUUAAUCGUUUUUUUGGCAGUAGGUAUGUGUCCUCCAAUGUCCAUGUAAUUUUUACUGCGUUUGUAUUUUGGUCCCAUUUUGUUUCAAAAUAUACCUUUGCAGAAGAUUAUAGAAUGUGCUUUCAUUAUCACUAUUAGUUUUGCCGCAAACACUGUUAAGCAUUUCAUUGCUUCAUA